GAAUGUGACACAAUGUAUCGCUGCGCGGCGCGGCGCCUUUGAUCCGCGACGCUGUCUGAGUUCCGCCGCCGCUCCUCACGAGACCGGAGUUUCUAACACAGCUCCGUGCAUCAGCUAACGAGACGCUCGGGAGCGAAAUAAGACGUUAAAGACGGAGUUAAAGCGCGUAAAAGUUCCGCGUAACGCGCCGCUGUCUAGUUCUCGCGAGUUUGUUUUCAAACAAAAGUAUCCUGUCACGAGCUCGCUCGCGCUUCCAACUCUUUAAUAUGAGCGAGGAGGAUCGUGUUACGAUUUAAACGCGUUAAAACGCAAGAACUCAGAAGUUUGAGGUUCCUCAGAGGAACAUAUGGCAUAAAGACACAGCUGGAGAUUUGAGGCUGAUGUCAGAGCAGCUGACUCUAGAGAUCACACACACACACACACACACACACACACAUGGAGAGGUCGCGUUCAGUCGGCUGGUGCUCUGGAACUGUUCUUUUCCUCGUGUUUAUAUGACGAUCGUCAUGUUUGAGUUCGAGAUGUGAGAUGUUGUGUGCGCGUGACUGGAUCGACGCUCGUUCACCGAAGACCCGCUUGUGCGCGCGCUGAAACUAGACGGGCUGCUGAGAUCACGCCAUCAGCAUGGAGUUCCCAGACCACAGCCGGCAGUUACUGCAGUGUCUGAGUCAGCAGAGACACCAGGGCUUCCUCUGCGACUGCACUGUGCUGGUGGGAGACACACGCUUCAGAGCCCACCGAGCCGUCCUGGCCUCGUGCAGCAUGUACUUCCACCUCUUCUACCACGACCAGCCGGACAAGAGAGACGUGGUGCAUCUGAACAGCGACAUCGUGACGGCGCCGGCGUUCGGGCUGCUGCUGGAGUUCAUGUACGAGGGAAAGCUGGAGUUCGGCGCUCUUCCGGUGGAGGACGUCCUGGCGGCAGCCAGCUACCUGCACAUGUACGACAUCGUGAAAGUCUGCAAAGGAAAGCUGAAGGAUAAGGAGCAGAAUGACACAGAUUGCGGCGGGCAGAAGGCGAACGGUCACCCCGAAGGGUCCCCGGACCUUGUAGGUGUCAAUUAUGUGUCAGCUGAGGCCGAGGCCUGUGUCCGAACAGCUGGAAAAACAAAAGCUGAUGUCAGUAGUUCAUCCGUCCCUGUGUCCCAGAGGUCGGAUGACACGGAGCGAGCGCUGGAUUUAUCUUUCAAGCCUCUGUCGAGUCGAGACGGCUUCCACCCCUCCUUCGUCUCGGGACAGCUGGCCCUCGACAGCCAGCAGCAGGGCACCGAGCCACUUGUUAAAGACGAACAUGACUUGCUGUCAGAGCAGGAGGACGGUGAUCCGGUGAGCCCGGAGAGCCAGCGCUUUGGGAGUUCAGUGGUGACAGGGUUCACUGCCCUCUUCGCUGAAAACAAGGCUCCGGACGACGAGCUGAUGGAGGAGGAGAGAGCGAUGCGUGUGCGUCCAGAGCACCACCUCCGGGACAGCGAGGGCGAGGAUGAGGACGACCUGGCGUCCUCCGACAUCUCCACAUCCAGCGGCGUUCUCCUCCCGCAGGUCUGCGUGUGUCCGCUCUGCAGCAAGGUCUUCCCGAGCCCACACGUGCUCCAGCUCCACCUCAGCUCGCACUUCAAGGAGAAAGACGGCGUUCGCUCCAAGCUCUCGCCCGACGGCUCCGUCCCGACCUGCUCGCAGUGCGGCAAGACCUUCUCCUGCAUGUACACGCUGAAGCGGCACGAGCGCACGCACUCCGGCGAGAAGCCGUACACCUGCGGACAGUGCGGGAAGAGCUUCCAGUACUCACACAAUCUGAGCCGGCACGCCGUGGUGCACACGCGAGAGAAGCCACACGCGUGUAAGUGGUGCGAGCGGCGCUUCACUCAGUCUGGAGAUUUGUACCGACACAUACGCAAGUUCCACUGCGGCCUCGUCAAGACGCUCGCCAUCGGAUAACAGCCGCGCAACCACCUCCCUGUUUUUAUCAAUAACAAUAAUAGGCAGGAUUUUGCAGAUGGCAGAAAAUUGGUUCAUUAAUGACACAUGUAAAACACGUUUGAGCAAACUUGGGACUUUGACACACGCACACACAAUACAUUUAUUUAUCUUAAUAUAUAUUUAAUAUUGAACGUGUGUGUGAUUAACUGUGAUUAUAUUUGUAGCUACAGACAACAAUGCAUGGUCUACACUUUUCUUUUAUGCCGAAAAUCAUUAGGAUUUUAAGUAGAGAUCAUGUUCCAUGAAGAUAUUUAGUAAAUUUCCUACCACAGCUAUAUCAAAACUUCAUUUUGGAUCAGUAACAUGCAUUGCUAAGAACUACUUUUCUCAAUAUUUCGAUUUUUGUGCACCCUCAGAUUGCACAUUUUCAAAAAUAUUAACAGUUAAAAAACGUGUCCGUGUCAAAGUCCCAAAUGCAUCAAAUUGUUGAUGAACCGUAAAACACACACACACACACACACACACACACUCAUAAACCAGUUCCGCAGCUCCGUCUUAAAGUGACGUGAUCUUUUAAAGCCACUGGCUCUGAGUCUAGCGUUUUGAUUUAAGAGGACAUGAAGGACUAGUUAAGCUCAAACUAGUCUCAGAAGAACAUCUAUUGGAACACAAGUCGUUUUUAUUUUAUUUCUACAAACAGAAAUCGAGUCGAAGCACUGCUGACUGAAUCCCAGAAACCUUUCACUGGGCUUUUCCUCAUUAUUUUCUCGACCGAUUGUUUUUUGAAGUUACGGUAACUAGCACUAAAAACCUACGUUAUGCUGUAUGUCGCACCGGUCCUGAUAAACUUGAUUAGUUAUUUAUUAGCAGGUUUCGGUGCAAGGUUUACUACAGACGUGUGAUAUUUGCUGGAUCGGUUGCUGUAUAUGAGAGCACUUCACUGAUAGAUUCAACACUCGUAUACUGUAGGCUGCUAUUUCUAACUGUAUAUUUGAUGGAUCGUAUUGAUCACAUUUCGUUUCGGAGGACUGAAAUCUCUGGGAAAAGCUGCAGUUUUCCACAGUCUUCCAGUUAAAAUCUAUCAGACUAAUAAUCGAUGUGAAACACCCACAAUUGUGAGGUUUCUGAUGAUGCAUUUAUUAAAGCAAGCAUGCAUCGUGAUUCUUUUUAUUGCACAUUUUUGUUCAUUUGUGUAUGUUUUCAGUAACACUGGGAAGAUUUCACAUGCUGGCGAUUUCCAUGAUUUUUGUGCAUUUGAAUGUUUUUUUUAAUACGCCUUUUCAUGUUUUGACGAACGUGUAUCAUUCGUGAUUUCUGAUGCUAUCCAACAUUCAUAAACGCUGAUAUAUGAAUGCAAUAAUGAAGUCAUCAGAACGGCGGAUGAUUCAGAUCUUCAGUAAUAAUAUCUCUUUGGAUGUGUUUCUGAAUAACGGCUGUAUGUUUACAGUAAUACCGCAUUAUUGUCUUCUCAAGGUUCAGACUGUGAAACUGUAUAAUCGUAAGUAAUAUUUAUUGAUUUGUUUUCUUGUGCAAAUUUCGACUGUAUCAGAACUUGUGAAAUGAAAGAUGAUAAGUUGAGACUUUUUAAUAGACUUUGUAGAAGUGCCAUUAGAUGUAAUAUAAUUUUUUUGAUAAACAAAACAUAUUUUAUAGGAAACAAAAGUCCUCUAGUGAAUGUAGAUGACAAUCUGAGUUGAUUUCCUUUGAAUUCUUUGGUAAUUUAUUUGGAUUCUGUUUGUUUGUGCUUUCUUUCUUUCUUUCUUUCUUUCGUUGUUUCAUUGUUUCUUUCUUUCUUUCUUCUGAUUGUUUGUGCUGUGAAAAUGUGACAAUCUUUAUCUAGAUCUUUAUUAGUAGAUUAAACAACGUUUUCUGUGGAA